CACAUAUUUUGUCUACGCCCUAUAGUCUAAAACUUCGCGUGUGUGACCCGUGGAACAUUAUUUAUAAUAUGAUCUAAUUAUAGAUUUAUUUCGCGUAUCGAAGUCAAAAGUUAGUUAGAAAGGUGUGUGUGUGUGUAGUCACUCGGUAUCAGUGCACAACGAUUGUAAAAACAUGUGUUUCGAUGUGAAUAUAACUUGGUGAACAACAUUACCAAAGGAUACAUGUCAACAAAUUGCAAUUACUCCAAGUAGCGGCCGCUGGAGUGUUGUUUGAUUGUGGGAGGAAUUUAAGGGAACUUUGUCGGUUAUUGUAAAUUGAAUGUAUGAGUCCGCAAUCGGUGAUAUCGACAGUGUAAUGAACUUAACUUUACUUCCGGUGUUUUCGUGAUGGUGUAUCGUGAUUAGUAUCGUGUGAUAAAACGGCGGGAUGGCGAACCCUACGAUCGGGGUAUCGUUUGACCAGAAUGACAUGACCAGCUGGUACUUUGGCGGGCUGUCUCGUGCGGAGGCAACAAAGCUACUACUCAAUGAGACUGAAAGCGGAGUCUUCCUCGUCAGGGAUUCCAAAACUAUUCAUGGAGAUUAUGUUUUGUGUGUCAGGGAAGACGAUCGCGUAUCACACUACAUCAUCAACCGCGUCAUAUCAGCUGAUGGUACCACGAGGUUUAGGAUCGGUAACCAGCUGUUCGCGGACAUGCCAGCGCUAUUGGCGUUCUAUAGACUGCACUAUUUGGACACGACGCCAUUAGUACGGCCCCUGCCGCAAGCGACCGCACAAGCAGCACCCACAGCCCCACCUCAUCUAUACCACGUCCUCGAGGUGGUGAUCGCCAAAUUUGAUUUUGAUGGCAGUGAUGCAGACGAUCUUCCGUUCCGUCGCGGAGAGAAGCUGAUGGUAAUCAAUCGGGAUGAAGAGCAGUGGUGGACGGCUAGGAAUGCUCAGGGCAGAACUGGCUCCAUACCUGUUCCAUAUGUGCAGAGGCUUCUAGACCCAGCAGGUAUGCCAUACCCACCUAACGAGGCAAUAAAUCAGUUCGGCGACCCACCCAGCCCACCUAACAAUAAGCAACCGCAGAAAGGAACUAACAUGCAGCGGACGCUUCCAGCGCUGGCCCGUGUAAGACAGUCGAGGGUUCCCAACGCGUAUGAUAAGACAGCGCUAAAACUGCAGGAGGGUGAUAUACUCAAGGUAACAAAAAUGAAUAUAAACGGCCAAUGGGAAGGCGAGCUGAACGGUAAAGUCGGUCACUUCCCUUUCACAUACGUGGAGUUCCUCGACGACGUGGCCAGCUAAACGUGUGACCAAAUAUAACCCACUAAUUAAUCGUGUUGCAAGUGUAAUUUAUAAAAUAAAUUAUAAAAGUGGUUAAAAAGUGAUCGAAGAAUACAUUUAUUGUAUAAUAUGACAGAUCUUUUUGUGACUCGUGAGAAUGUUACAUAUUUUUAAUCUGUACAUGAUAAAUAAAGGACAUUUAUUAUGUAUUACAGUAAUGUAUUGUCACACUUCACUGCAGAAUUAUGUUAUAUAUACUUAAAAAUAAUAAUAAUGAAGAUUCUAUGGUUGGUUGUGUUAUGUACUUGAGUAUUUUCAAAAUUUUUUUUUUUUUUAUCGAAAUUAGCAAAGGCAACACAAAAGAUGACUAAAUAUCAAAAGCAAUUAAUUAAUCUAAUAAUUAUAUAUUGAAAAUAUAUAAUUUCAUGUAUAUGUUUUUAAUUAAAUAAUAUAAAUAUAUUUAACCAACAUUUUGAAUAUAAUUAUUAAAAAUGGACUGUAUGUUGUGUCAAAACUAUAAUUUAUCGAAAUAAAGUUGAUAAAUAUAAAAAAAAUUAAGUACAUACCAAACAUUAUCAUAAGACAUUAUUAUGCAAAGUAACAUGGACGAUAUUCAACGGUUAAUAUAUAAUUAAAUGAUCAAUUCAUAACAUAGUUAGUAGUGAAGUGUGAUUGUCCAUACAAAUUGUGCCCACCGAUACGGGCUAAGUUCAAUGUAUACCUGUUACCUUACAGCUUCCUUCAAUAACAUUUGCUACGUCUUUCAGAAACUUUUACACGCACAAAACUGCUAUAACAUUUUUAAUACAGCUAUGAAAUAAUUUGCACAUAUUCUCUAUAACUGUAAUACUAAAGACCAAUUUUCUAUUUCUCUAUGCUUUUAUUAAUCUGUACACAUUAUCACUACACCAUAGACUAAGGACCAAACUUUUUUAAAUAUCUUUUUAGCUUUAACUUUCAAAAUGUAUUGCUCAUGACUAAUAGAAAAUAUAUAAAACAAAAUAAAAUGUUUAUGUAUAUUUUAUGGCCGGGUCAUUUACAUUAAGUUUAUACUUUUUAUAUUAUACCACGAAAUAACGUUAAUUUGAUUGUAUAGUUUGUUUUUUAAAUAUUAAUUUAAUUAACACGCAUUUUUAUAGUUUUGUUACAUUUCCGUAAUGAAGCACUUGGAAUUGUUGGCAACACUGAAUUCAAUAGACCUAAGAUAAUGUUUUAUAAUAGUAAGUAACAUUUCGAUAAAAAUAUUAAAAUGUAUAAAACAUCGGCUAGCUGCAAGAAUUAAUUGAAACGAAAUAAUUUAAGACAUAAUAAUAUAAAACAAGCUUUAAGUUUACAACUGGAGUCUAAAAAUAUUAGGAAUUCCUUCGCUAAAGUUUGAAAUAAAAAUGCAUUUGCAAUAUUAUAAAAUAUUAAAUAUUAAUACAACAGAAAAAAGUAGCACAGUAUUAUUAUUACAGGCACUAGGGACAUAACAUCUUAGUCCCCAAGGUUGGUGGCGCAUUGGCAAUGAUAAAGGACAGUUAAGGAUUUUUAAAGUGCUUAUGUUUGCCGUAGAAAAAAUUGUCUACUAUUGCAAGAUCAUCGUGACAUAAUCUGUGUUGAUAAGGCUUAUAAUUUUAUUCAAUUAAUGUUUUUGCAGUAAGCCGUUAUUACUAAAUGUUGUUCCGUAUCAAGGAUUUGACGGUUACAUCGAAAUAGUUAAUAACUGCUUUAUACAAUUUUACAAUUUAUGCUGUUAUAUAAUUGUUAAAUAAUACUCGGAUAAAAAUAAUUAAUAUUAACUGAAUUAAUUCAAAUAAUAAUAUCAUUAUGUAUCGUAUUGUAUUUAAAAUUAACUAAAAUAUAACUGCAAACUAAUUAUUGAAGAAUUAUUGAGAAAAUAUGUUAUUGACAUUCGUGAUUUAAAUUUGAUUUAUGGCCCAAAUGUGAAAAUGCUUCUGGUCACCAACCAUUAGAGGUGAAAAGAAGUACAUAGAUACUUAGUAUCAGCUCCGUAACAUUCAGCUAACAUUCGCUUCUUAUUUAUCACCAACGAAUACACUAAAAGCUUGAGAUGUGCAGAUCUUCAAUAUAUAGAAAAUUCAAUAUUCUAAUAUAUAGAAAAUCAACACUUGCGCAGUACACAUAAUCGUAACUUUUGUUAGAUUUUUUUCUGUUUUCAUAAUGUUAUAUAACUUAAUAUUCAAUUCUUUGAUCAAUUGUCCUUCAUUUAAAAAAAAAAAAUUAUUAUAUAUUUUGUUCGCAGUGACAUAUUCGAAAUUUAAAUUUAAAUUUUGAAAAAUAUAUACAAAUAAUAGUAAAAAUGUCAAAAGAUCAAAUCGAGUUAAGAGCUGAACUUUCUUUUUAAAAUUCGAGGACAAUUGAAUAAUUUCAAUGUUAUUGUAAUUUUUCAUAUCUCGAAUUCGUUUUUUUUUUAUGUAAAAAUAUAUUUAAUUUAACGAUAUACAACCGUUAAUCGGUAUUAUAACUUAGGGGUAGUUGCAAAUACAAUGUUCAGAUCAUUCAUAUAAAUAUAUAUAAGAUUAUAUAUUAUGUAAAUGAACCCGAGUUUAGGUGAUAAAGAAAUUUAUGUGUAUCGCGCCAAUUUUCUAAAAUUGCAUUUUUAAAUACUUCAUUAAUUUAUAGUUAUAUUACAUAUUUUCAAUAAAAAGUAAAGGCAUCAAAUUGUACAAAGCACAACUUUUUUUAUUACAAUAAUCUUUUAAAAAAAUCCUUAAAUAUUUUAAGUGUAUUUAAAAUACUAAAAUACCACAAAAAAAUUUACGCUGUUUUAACAUUUCGCCUUUAAGACGAAUACGAAGAAACUAUAAAGUAAUUCUUCCAAAUUAUUAUAGUCAAUAUUUUUAUAAUAAUUGCUGGUGCAAAAAAGUAUUUAGAUUAGUAUUAUCUCAACUGGACAAGUUUAAUGACAUUUAAUUUUAAGUUAAAAAAAAUAUAUAGCAUUUUUUUAAUUACCAUUUUUUUACUAAUACCAAAUAAUAUACAUUUUUUUCUUGCAUGAAAAAUGUCUUUUCUCUUGGCCAGUAAAAGUAUUGAUUAAAAAAAUGCUUCUCAUGAAGUGGGGGAUAGAUAAAUACCAAAUGUUAUUCAUUGUAUAAAAUCACUAUAUUUUGAGAUUACGAAUCGUAUAAUGUAUGUAUGUAAACUUUUUAAGUCGCGUAAAUCGAAAAAUUUGUCAAAUUUUUUUAUAAUGUUAUGUGUAACAUUUUAGUAAUAAUAAAAUUUAGGAUGAAGUACA